AGCAGUGUGCGGUCCAUUCAUCUGUUCGGAGGGGCGGAGUCAGCCGAACCAAUGAUAAGAGGGGGGGGUCUCUCUACAAAAUGUGUGUCCCCGGGUCUUCUAACACGAUUUCCGCCCUGCUGCAGUUCCGUCCGCAAUUAAGUCCGUUUAAAGUGGGCUGCGAAACGCUGUGACCGUCCCCAGGCUCGGUCUCCUCUCCACCUGAACCAAACCAGAGGGAGGAUGGACGGAAACUGGUCCCCGGCUCUGAUGACCCUGCUCGCUCAGUGGUUCUCCUCAGCAGCAGCCUCCCUGCAGCCCUACGACCUGCUGUACGACGACGCGGUGCGGGCUUUCUACAACAACGACUACGACGACGUGGUCCGCCACAUGGAGGGAGCCCUCCGCAGCUGCGCCGAGGUCCGGCGCUCCAAAGUCCGGUGCCGGCUGAGGUGUCAGGACCAGCAUCCGUUCGACCAGGCGCUCUCCUCGGACCUGGGCUUCUUCGACACGGUGCUGCGGAGGGCUGCGUGCGCCAACAGAUGCAUCGACGAGAAACUGGGCGUCCAGUCUGUGCAUAAAGUCAGCGAGGACGUGGUUCAGGACUUCAACAGGAGGAUCCCCUACAACUACCUCCAGCUGGCUUAUCAGAAGUUGAAGCAGCCUGAAAAGGCAGCUGCGGCAGCUCACACUUACUUCCAGGCCAAUCCAGAACAUGUGGAGAUGGGUCAGGACCUCGAACAAUACAAAGACCUGCGAGGGGUAGAGGAAAACCACUUUGUGGAYCGAGAAGCCCGGCCUCACCAGCGUGCCUUCACAGAGGCUGUGGCGUUGUACGACACAGGAGACUACGAAGGAGCUGUUACUCUGUUCGAGGAAGCUCUGGUGGAGUACUACAAAGCAGAUGUGGAGUGCCGGGCCCUGUGCCAAGGUCCACAGAAGUUUGAGGGCCAUGAUCACCUCCGCUACCGUUACAGCCUACUUGAACUCGUGUCAGAUCACUUCACUCAGGUGCUUCACUGUGAGCACGAGUGUGUGAGAGACCUCGCUACUCGGCCAGGCCGCCUUUCCCCCAUGGAGAACUACCUGCCUCUGCACUACGACUACCUGCAGUUUGCAUAUUUUAAAGUGGACAGGCUGGAGGAGGCGCUACAGUCUGCUCUGACCUACCUUUUGUUUCACGAGGGUGAGGAGUUCAUGACRGACAACGUGGAGCACUACAGGGAGGUGCUGGGACAUGAUGGCAAACCGAGAGAGGAAACUGCAAGGUAUUUGAGGAGACACAAACAGGAAMUGGAGCUCCUUCUGAUGGGCAGCAAAAUAAUGGGAGUAGAAUUCACUGAAGGGGUGAUCCACACGUCUCGGGUCAGYAUCAGUUCUCCUGCUGACUCAAAGGAGGCUAACGUGAUUAGCAACAUGUUUUUUUUUUACAAUUUUAAUGCCCGACUGAUGUUUAAAAUCUUGAUUUGUGUUUUUAUCUGUCUCAGGAUUCCAUCCGGCACUGAUGGUUGGAUGGAGUAUGUUCCCAUCUCAGAGAAAAAAAACAUCUCUGCUGUUGUUCUACAGCAGCUCAGAGAAGGUGGCCCCCUGUUAUUUGACAGUGUGCAGCUGGUGCAGAACUCUUUGGCCCUGAACGGGAGCCAGCGGGUCCUCUUGGAUCAUGUUAUAGCUGAGGAGGAGUGUUCUGAGCUCAGAAACCUGGCACAUGCUGUCACUAUGGCAGGAGACGGUUACAGAGGGAGGACGUCUCCACACACUCCCAAUGAGAAGUUUGAAGGAGCCACAGUGCUCAAGACUCUGCAGUACGGCUUCGAGGGCAGAGUACCGAUGCAGAGCGCUCGCCUCUUCUACGACASCAGCGAGCGAGUGAGACGAAUCGUCGAGUCUUAUUUCAUGUUGAACUCGACUCUGCACUUCUCCUACACACACCUGGUGUGUCGGACCGCCAUCUCAGGCCAGCAGGAUCACAGGAAUGACCUGAGCCAUCCCAUCCAUGCUGACAACUGUCUGCUGGACCCCGACGCCCACGAGUGUUGGAAGGAGCCUCCAGCUUACACCUACAGAGACUACAGCGCACUGUUGUACCUAAACGGAGACUUUGAUGGAGGGGAGUUCAUAUUCACAGAAAUGGAUGCUAAAACCGUCACGGCGUCAGUGAAACCGAAGUGUGGCCGGCUGGUGGGUUUCUCAUCAGGGGGGGAGAAUCCCCACGGCGUGAAGGCCGUCACCAGUGGGCAGAGGUGUGCUGUGGCUCUGUGGUUCACUUUGGACCCGCUCUACAGGGAACUGGAAAGACUACAGGCAGACGAGGUGAUCCAGGCUCUAGACACACAAUCUAUUUGGGGUCAAAGCAUCAACAUCAACCCCAAAGAUGAGCUGUAAGAUGUCGAAACAUAAAUCACCUCCAACCCUCCUCUCCAACGAAACUAUCAAUUUUAUUUUAUUUUUUUAAUAAUUUACUAUUUAUUAAAUGACCUUUGGAUCAGAACGUUUCUAUUUUUGUACUGAUUGAAGUGCAGGGUUAAUAAGUUCGUGUUGCCAGUUUKAUGUCUGUAGUUUUCUCAGAACUUGUGUUUACCCCUCCAUCUUUUUGUGUUUUCCCUCGGUGACAGCCUUUGUUGUGGUGUUUUGUGCGAUCCUAAUGAACUGUGAAGACGACGUUUCACUGUUUGUGUUUGUUUCUGCACUUUGUAUUUUUUUAAAUGUGAUUAAAUAAAUAAUACAAGAACAUU